AUGGACAAUCAGCGCAAUACAGAAAGGCAGCCGCAAUCUGAGGAAGAAAAUGCGAAAAGUGAUGUAAACGUAUUAGAAAAUUCAUGUAGUGGGGUGGUGAGGUCUUUCCCGUUACCAUUCAUCAGGAGGGAGGGUGCGACUGCGGCAGGCAGCACUUCGUUUUCACAUGCUUUACUCGUAUCUGGGAGCAAAAAUCGAAGUCAGUCGGAAACAUGCUCUUCGGAUUCGAGUGGGGCAGAACGAACAAGUGGCCAGAUAACGUUGUUGCAGACAGGGGAUAUUGGCAGCGACUGUUCCUUGUCGGAGGACUUCCAAACAUCGACCACAGGACAUACGGAGAGGUUACGGUUGUGCGCCCCCCUUCGAAAGAGGGAUUCCGAAACCACCAAGGACCCCCGGAUAACGCGAAAAUGUCUGUUAAAUGCAUUCCCUGUGUCGUUAAAACAUAUUGCUGUCGACGAAGUAGCCGCGGCCGGAAUGAAGCCCGGCGAUACUGUGAUUGCAGCAACAAGCGGUUAUCAUCAUCAGUUCACGGAGCAAACGCUUCUGGAAAUUCACGGGUUACUUCUUCGUACUGCCGCUGCUGCUGAGGCGAGGAAGCAAUAUUUAAUGGCUGGCGCACACAUGGAAGCCACGAGCGUUGGCCGUCGAGUUACUGAAGGUCUCAUCGAGGGGGAGAGUGCCCGAGAUCUCACUGUCUGGAGUGAAGGAUGGUAUAGGCAUCAUCCGUCUGUCAGGGGUGGAGUCCUGACCGCAGUUACUGUGCGGCCGCCGCAAUUCAAGGCGGGGAUGCUAUGGAAUGGUGAAGACAAAUUCCUUUUAGGGGGUACCGCUUUUGUUGAGGAAGCGCGUAUUCUGCAGGUGAAAGUUCCUCACUCUCAGAAUUUCCUGCAAAUGGUUAGCAAUAGCACUACUCUAUGCACAGAGGGAAGUCGCGUUACGAAGGACCAAUGGACCGAGAGCUGCGACGGUAGUGAUGCGCGGUCCGAGCCGAAGAAGGUAGCGCACUUAUUAGUACGGGAGUAUAGUUCUAUUUCCAAGGUGCGUGGGGGCACUAUGGUGCAAACGUUCUCUCUUAUACCAGAUCAUGUGCAGGGCAAUACGCAACGGAGUCUCAUCUUGCAGCGUGGUCAGAUAACGAAGGUGCUGAGUGAAUGCGCACCCGGUGCUGUGACACGCGGGUUUUCACUGCAACUGCUUCUUCCCUCAUCAUUACGUAGCGAACUUGGCUCAAUGGCAUAUGAAAAUCCAUUUUCCACCCGAGAUACUGACUCUAACAUACUCGACGAUGGUGGUGGUGAAUGUGGUACGUUCUGUGCAAAUGAGAGCACAUUCGCCAACACCAUGAACUCCGACUUUAUGUCUUCAACAGCCACACUGAUGAUGAACCGCACGUCGAAAGUACGCACGACGGUGCGGCAGCCGUUGGGCGACGAAACGUAUCUUCGGUUUGCGAACCCCAAACUUUAUGCGUUUGUGAUGCAGCAAUCGCCUGCUAUACUAACUGCCCAUACGAAUGCUAUACGUGAAUACAUACUUUACCAUCACCGAUUCCGGAUUCGACGCAAAAUUGCGGAGGUUAUGCAGGCAAUCCGUGCACUGCAAGGGUUUUUCCGUCACUGCUUGGGGCGCAAGAAGCGAGCGAUUAAACGUAUGCUUCGACAAUGGCGUCGACUUGAAUAUCAGUGCCGUGCUCGGUUGAAGAAGCAGACGUUUGAGGCUCCCAAUGUGAGCCGCAUCAGUUAUGUUGUUGGAAGCGUUCUUUGGGAGCAUGUUGUAACGACAGACGAGUACAAGCUCAACAUGCUGGAGGAGCAGAUGAAGGCGCGACGGGCGGGGUACUUGCGGUGGUGUGCUCAGCGUCGUGAAGAGAAUAGGAUGAUGCCUAAGGUAAAUGAAAGCAGUGAGUCAACAGAAGUUAGGGGAAUUGGAGAUCCUCGCGGUGCGAGUACGGUACUUUCGCCAAAAGAACUUAGCACUGGAACAAUGUUGGUCUCAAGGGAACAACCAAGGUUGGAUUCUACCUUGAACAAGUCUCACCACAGGUGGAUCGCUAAGUGGAGGGAUGUGGUACACGCCCGAUUUGGUUGGUAUAUUGAACCGGAAGUGUUACUUAGGGAGAGUCACCGUCGGCUCCUCCAUUCGCUGCGGAACACAAUUCUAACUAUGGCAGACGUACAAGCAGCGCUAAAGAAGAGGGGCGAAGAGGAUGAGUUUACGUUGAUGUAG